UAUCAAAUGAAAGAUAACGCAGCCUUUGUGGGGCGAGCUCUUCUAUAAAGGAGACCCAGAACGUAGUGCAUUGUUCAUUCUGCUGCCCCUUUCCUGUUAAGUGUUGAGUGCACAUUAAUCAGUGGCUUUUUAUUUCUUGUAUAGAUCUAGAUCUCAACUCUAAAGUCAUGGCAUACAGAAAGACAAAGUUGGAUGUUCCAGACUACACCCUUAUUCCCGGCGGUCUCAACAUUGGAUCUCAAAUCAUCGUCAGGGGAAGAGUUCCUUAUGGUGAAAACAGAUUUCACAUCAAUUUACAGAACGACAUAGAAGAUGGUUGUGAUGUGGCUUUCCAUUUCAACCCCCGCACUGACUCUCAGACAGUUGUUCGUAACUCCUACCAAGGGGGUUGGCAGAACGAGGAGCUGGACAUUCCAUUUUUCCCUUUUUCCAAUGGGUCAAAGUUCACCAUCCGAAUUUACGUGCGUGCCGACGCCUACAUUGUCUUGGUGAAUGGUGCUUAUUUCUUGGAGUACUCUCACCGCCUCUCCUACCAGGAUGUCAGAUACAUGAAACUGAGUGAAGGGGCAGAGUACUAUGAAUCAACAGUACAGAAUGCUUGCCAUGUUCCAUACAAAGGGGAAUUCCCUGGUGGACUCAAGAUGGGAAAAGCCUUGAGGGUUCGAGGUUUUGUUAAUGACAAUGCUGAAAGGUUUGCUAUCAACUUUAAUGCUGACUACGAUGGAGAUACUGUGGGAAUCCACUUCAAUCCACGCCAAGAUCAGGAGGAUGUGGUCCUCAAUUCCAAGGUUGGUGGCUGGCAGGAGGAGGAAAGAGGACAAGGAUGGUUUCCUUUCAAGAGAGGUCACUUCUUUGACGUCUUGUUCAUUUCCUGGGAUGGUAGAUUCAUGAUCUAUGUCAAUGGCAAGUAUUUCACUGCAUACACAUUUCGCAUUCCACCAGAAGAUGUUCGCUACCUGGAUAUCAAUGGAGAUGUUACUCUCAUGGAUGUUGAGUUUACAGAUCCAUUGCCAGGUGACUACAUUAAGACUAUUCCUUCAGGUCUUGACAAGAGUGACCUUAUUGUUAUUAAAGGAUUUUUCUACCCAGAAGGCCAAAGAUUUGCUGUCAACCUUUUGUACGGUACAUCACUGGAUGAUGACAUCGCCCUCCACUUCAAUCCUCGUCGUGACCAAGGGGAAGUGGUUCUCAACAGCAGAGAAGGUGGUGCCUGGGAGGAAGAAGAGAGGCACUCACUGCCACACCCCAUGGUUGAAAUGUUACCUUUUGAAGUAGAGAUUGUCAAUAAGAGCAAAAAAUUCAAAAUCUACAUUAAUGGUAAAAAGUUUACCAGCUUCAAGGCAAGAGGCAAUGUGGAGGAUAUCAAAGGCAUUAAUGUGAAUGGAGAAGCGUACAUUUAUGAGGUUAAACUUUUGAGACGUGUGGAUAGGCCUUUUGUAGAUCGCCUGCCAGGUGUUCUGGAAUCAGGAUCCUGGGUGUCCAUCAUUGGCACACCUAAGAAGAAUGCUGACCGUUUUGCCAUCAACCUGCAGUGUGGUGAUGACCCUGAUUAUGGCAAUGAUGUUGCCUUCCACUUCAACCCUCGCUUCAGUGGUCAGGACUCUAUCAGAAAUACUCUUGAAAAUGGAUCCUGGGGUGGAGAAGAAAAAGAGCAGCCUAAUUUCCCUUUUGAACCAGAAGACAGAUUUGAGAUCAACAUUCUUAGACUUCCUGAUGUGUUUAGAGUUUUUGUCAAUCACAAGUUCUACAUUGACUACGCUCACAGAAUUGACCCAAGCCGUAUCUGCCACAUAAUGUUAACAGGAGACUGCAACUUCUUUGAGCCUGAGUUUUAUUAGAGAAAGAUGGAGAUGGGCUUCAAGUUUGACUGAUUCCCUUUGAACAAGUUUCUUUAUCAAGAUGUGAUUUUUUAUAUUUAUAAAAAAGAAUGUUAAAAGUUGUAUUCUAUACACUGAGAAUAUGCACAUAUAGGCCUACCUUUUUACAGCCAUAUUGUAGCUUUUGCUAAUUAAAUACCAAAGAUGUGUAGCAUAUAAAAUUGCAAGUUGUUUUUUUUUUUACUUUGGUGCAAAGUAUUUUUUUUAUUUUUGUAUUUUGUAUUAAUAAUUUUUUAAUGGAACAUGUUAUGCUUUCUGGUUUUAUUUUAAUAAAGCAUGAUAAAAUAGUG